AUGUUGCUUUUGCAACCACAACUAACCGCUACUCCGUUACCGUUCCAUUCAACCCGCGUUAAAAUUUUCCCAAUUCAUCGCCGCCGCCGCCGCCACCACCACCAUGCCAUCUCUCAACCACCUCCAUCCGCCGCCACACCUUUCUCAUCCGCCAGCCUAAUAAUCAAAGAAGACGGCCCCGACGACAUUCUUUCCCUCCAAAACCGCCGUUACGACUUCGCUCCCCUCCUCCAAUUCCUCUCCAACGAUUCCAACUCCAACAACAACAAAAACACAGACUCGCCCUCUCCCACUUCCCUCGACUCAACCGAGUUCCAACUCGCCGAGUCUUACCGAGCCGUUCCAGCUCCACUCUGGCACGCGCUUCUCAAAUCGCUCUGUUCCGAUUCCUCCUCCAUUAGUCUAGCAUACACCGUCGUCUCAUGGCUCCAGAAACACAACCUCUGUUUCUCCUACGAGCUUCUUUACUCAAUCCUCAUCCACGCGCUUGGACGAAAUGAAAAGCUUUACGAAGCUUUCUUACUCUCUCAAGAACAGGUUCUAACUCCGUUAACCUAUAACGCUUUAAUCGGUGCUUGUGCUCGUAACGGUGACCUAGAAAAAGCACUUAACCUAAUGUCCAGAAUGCGUCAUGACGGUUUUCAACCUGAUUUCGUCAAUUAUAGUUCAAUUAUCAAAUCCCUAACUCGUUCCAAUCAAAUUGAUUCUCCGAUUCUUCAAAAGCUUUACGCUGAAAUCGAAUCAGAUAAAAUUGAAGCCGACGCUCAUUUAUUAAAUGAUAUAAUCCUCGGUUUUUCGAAAGCCGGUGACGCAACACGAGCAAUGCAUUUUCUUGCUGUUGCUCAGGGUAAAGGUUUGAGAGCUAAAUUGGGAACUCUUGUUGCGGUUAUAUUAGUUUUGGGAAAUUCGGGUAGAACGGUUGAGGCAGAGGCGUUGUUUGAAGAGAUUAAAGAAAAUGGUUUGGAACCGAGAACUAAGGCUUAUAAUGCAUUGCUUAAAGGUUAUGUGAAAACCGGUUCUCUUAAAGAUGCAGAGUUUGUUGUUUCUGAAAUGGAGAAGAGUGGUGUUUUGCCUGAUGAACAUACUUAUAGUUUGUUGGUCGAUGCUUAUUCUCAGGCUGGAAGAUGGGAGAGUGCAAGGAUUAUGUUGAAAGAAAUGGAAGCGAGUAAUUUGCAGCUGAAUUCAUUUAUUUAUAAUCGAAUAUUGGCAGGUUAUAGGGAUAAAGGGGAGUGGCAGAAAUGUUUUCAGGUUUUGAAGGAGAUGAAGAGUUGUGGUGUGCAGCCUGAUAGAAAUUUUUAUAAUGUGAUGAUUGAUGCUUUUGGGAAGCAAAAUUGUCUUGAUCAUGCGAUGGCAACAUUUGAACGAAUGAUGUCUGAGGGGAUUCAACCGGAUACAGUUACGUGGAAUACCUUGAUUGAUUGUCAUUGUAAGUCUGAGCGACAUAAUAGGGCGGAAGAAUUGUUUGAGGAAAUGCAGCAGAAGGGGUAUUCGCCUUGUGUUACGACUUAUAAUAUUAUGAUUAAUUCUAUGGGUGCACAGGAAAGAUGGGAAAGAGUGAGUGAUUUGUUGCGCAGAAUGCAGAGUCAAGGAUUGUUGCCCAAUGCUGUUACAUAUACAACUCUCGUCAAUAUUUAUGGAAAAUCUGGAAGGUUUAAUGAUGCCAUUGAGUGCCUCGAGGUCUUGAAAUCUAUGGGAUUCAAGCAAACUUCGACCAUGUAUAAUGCCCUAAUUAAUGCCUACGCACAAUGGGGUCUGUCCAAUCAAGCUGUAAAUGCAUUUAGGAUGAUGGCAGCUGAGGGUCUUACUCCCAGUCUUCUAGCUCUCAAUUCCUUAAUCAAUGCUUUUAGCGAAGAUAGAAGAGACGCCGAAGCCUUUGCUGUACUGCAGUACAUGAAAGAUAAUGGUAUUGAACCUGAUGUAAUUACUUAUACUACACUCAUGAAAGCUUUGAUUCGUGUUGAGAAAAUCCGCAAGGUUCCAGCAGUGUAUGAAGAAAUGGUUAGGUCUGGAUGCACUCCAGAUAGAAAAGCUAGAGAAAUGCUGCGGUCUGCUCUUAGAUACAUGAAACAGGAACUAAGAUCAUAA